AUGCUUUCCCUUGGCCGGCCGAGCCAGCAAACCCAGCCGCCUGCCAAGGAGCGCACGGAGGCGGACCCGGGGCCGGCCGGGGACCGAGAGCGCUGUCUCCAAGAAAACCUCAUGCCCAGCUGCAGUGACGUAGCCAUGAUCUCUUCGCCGGCCUUGCCUGAUGGAGACGACGAAAGAGACGGCUGCGUUUUGACGUUUGCAGACUUGGAGCUGAAAGAGCAUCUUCCGUUCCCCUCCAGAAGCCACCUGAAAGCCGAGUUAGAUGCCAGGGCCAGGAAGAAGCAUGCAUCUGCAAAGAGGAAGUUGGGUCUGUCACGUGAGUUGCAAAACCCUCCACGACCGACGAGCCCUCUGUGGCCGCUGUUAACAUGGCCCUCCCUCUCUUUACCCAAACUCCUCGUUGCCCAGCUUCCUUUGUCCCCCUUCCAGGCCUUCGCUCUCUUUGUCAAGGCCAAGGAAGCGGUCACCGAUUCUCGCUGCCCAAUGUCCGCUUGCCAAGGGCCGGUUCACUGGAGAUGCUGCCAACAGACCUUCAGAGACCUGGUGGGCAUCCACCGGCACGUGGCCGCCCACCAUUUUGCCGACGUGGGGCAACAGACGGCCGCCAUCUUGAAGCAGAUAGCCGCCGAAGCGGACGCCAUAAGCAGCCGGUUGCCCGCAGACAAGCCGCCGAGGCCCAAGGGGCCCCCGUAUCGACCUCAGGAGACGCUCCCAGACAUAAGCCAUAUCGGGGCGGACGAAUGGAUGAGUGAGGCGGGACAGGUUCUGCUCUUCUACUGUUACUGCGAGGUGGCUGAUCCUGAGGGACUGGGCCUGUGGCAGAAGGCUUUGUGUCAGCACCUGCACCUGAAGGGGAAGGUACGAAUCGCUUCUGAAGGCAUUAACGGAACCGUGGGCGGGAGCACAAGUGCGACCCGCCUUUAUGUGGACACGAUGCUUUCGCACCCGCUCUUUAAAGGCGUUUUGACAAGGGACGAUUUCAAGACUAGCGCAGGUGGAGCUCACUGUUUUCCAGACCUUCGGGUUGGCGUCUUUGAAGAAAUCGUACCCCUGGGGAUCAACCCAAAGAAAGUCUCCUACAAAGAAACUGGAAUCCAUUUGACUCCAAAGGAGUUUCAUAUAGAAGUGGAGAAAUAUCUUUCUCAGGGUAAUAAAGCACAGAAGGACACCAUUUUGCUGGACUGCAGGAACUUCUACGAAAGUAAAAUAGGGCAUUUCCAAGGCUGUUUGGCUCCAGACAUCCGGAAAUUCAGCUACUUCCCCAGCUACGUCGACGAGAACUUGGAAAUUUUCAGAGGGAAACGUGUCCUGAUGUACUGCACGGGGGGGAUCCGUUGCGAGCGCGGCUCGGCCUACCUCAGAGCCAAGGGCAUAUGCAGAGGAGUGUACCACCUCAAGGGCGGCAUCCACAGGUACUUGGAAGAAUUUCCGGACGGGUUCUAUCGAGGGAAGCUUUUUGUCUUUGACGAACGGUACACCAUCUCCUCCAAUGGUGAUGUGAUUUCAGCCUGCCGCUACUGUGGGAGUCUCUGGGACCAGUACCAACUUUGCUCCACCCGGCCCUGCCGCCAGCUCGUCCUGACAUGCCCACAGUGCCAGCGGAAAGGGCUGACUGCCUGCUGCCCUGUCUGCCAGAAGAAGGCCCCCCUCCUGGCCCCAAACCUUUCCGGAGAAGCCUUCAAAGAGCAAUGCGAGUGUACGGAGAUGCGGCAGCAGGUGCCUGUAGAACGCGUUUAA